UUGUAGAAAGUUCUAGAAAAAAGAAAGAGAGAAGGAAAAAAAAAGGAAGAAAAAAAAAACAAUCCUAUAAAAUUACAAUUCUACCCUUUCAAAUACAAUAGUAAUGGAAAAAAUGUCCACCUCUCAUCCAUUUUUGGCCUACCCCACUAUUUCCAUUAUAUAGUAGUAUAGAUUUAUACAUAGUUUUCUCUGUGACCUGGGCAUUGCCAGGGAAACACUUUUGUGCGUAUAUCAACAAGUCAGACCAUCUAUACGAAAUCUUAUAUAAAAUAAUCUGGUAAAAGUGCAAAUCAAUCAAAUAUAUGACCAAAAUUAAAACAUUAACAUGCAAUAAUCUCUGCAAUAAUAUUGUACAUUGAGAGGAAGUUGGUGACAGAUGGGAAUGUUUUACCUAGCUAUAAUAAUAGAUGUAUAGUCAUCGGCAAGUAUAGGGUGAUAAGCAGAGAAUUUUGAAGUUAGAGUAUUUUUCAGGACUCAAUACAUUUUAGGAUUAAACAUUUAACAUGAAUAUGUUUAUUUAUGUAUUAUGAUGUCAUAGAAUUCCAUGGUAUAUUUUUUAAGUACACAGACAGUUGCAAAAAUUAAUCUGGGAUAAUCAAAGAAAAGGUGUAUUCUUGAUGCAUUUAUGAGGGUUUACUUGUCUACAAUUAAUUUCAAUAUCAUAUUCUCAUCUUCUGACAACUACCUGUGCAACAUUAUAAAUUAACUGCAUACCUCCAUGCUUUGGUUCACAAAACACAUAGAAGCUCCCUUUACGAACCUAUAUUUCUCUUCUGACAAUAAUUUUAUUCAUGGAGUUGCUUCCCUUUUUCUUUCUGUAUGUGAAGAUCCUUCUAAUUUUAACCUUCUCUUUAUCUCAUCAUGCAACAUCAAGGACAUUCACCAACUUCACCGAUGUCGAAUCUCUGUUGUCCUUCAAAGCUCAAGUCAAUGAUCCAUAUGGCAUGUUAGCCACCAACUGGACCACCAACAUGUCCUUCUGCACCUGGGUCGGAGUUUCUUGCAGUCAUCAACAUCAACGAGUCACUUCCAUCAAACUCCGAGAUUUUCGCCUUCAGGGUGCUAUCUCUUCUCACCUUGGCAACCUCUCUUUCCUCUCAGAGCUCGACCUUGCAAACUGCAGCCUUAGAGGCUCCAUACCUCGAUCCCUUGCUCAGUUACCGCGUCUGAAGAGGCUCAUUCUCCAACAUAACUUUCUAUCUGGUCCUAUUCCUAUCAGUAUCUUCAACAUGUCUUCAUUGGUCUUGUUAUCUCUCAUUUAUAACAAUCUCACUGGCACUCUGCCAUCAAACAAAAGCUUUAUCAUGCUUCCUCGUCUUGAAUUUCUCUCUCUCGCAUCUAAUCAGUUGACAGGUGAGAUUCCAUCUGCAUUUGGUGAAUCCAGGAGCCUUGAAACUUUUGCCUUGUCGUAUAAUGAGUUCGCGGGCGCCAUACCUGCUGAGUUUGGCCGCUUGCCAAAUCUCUCUGUGUUAUUACUUGGAGAUAAUCACUUGUCUGGAAAAAUCCCAAAAUUUCUAGGCAAUCUCACAAAGCUCACCACUCUGGAACUAAGCCUUAACAAGUUUGAAGGGGAAGUUCCCAAGGAGUUAGGGAAUCUAGUGAAUCUCGAACAGAUUUAUCUUGCUAGUAAUCAGUUAUCUGGUGAGAUCCCUUCUAUAUUUGAACAGUGCAAGGCCCUUCAAAUUCUUUCAUUGUCACUCAAUCAAUUAACAGGUAAGAUUCCUUCUAGCUUUGCUCAGUGCAAGGACCUUCAAGUUCUUUCUUUGUCAUUCAACAACUUGACUGGAGCCAUACCUGACGAGCUUGGGAGCCUGUCAGAGCUUAGACUAAUGUACCUUGCAAAUAACACAUUAACUGGAUCAAUACCAUCAUCUUUUGGCAACCUCACAAACGCCGUAAGGAUCGACCUAGCCUUCAACAAUAUUGAAGGGGUAAUUCCUAAGGAGCUUGGGUAUCUGCCAAAUCUUGAAUAUCUAAAUCUUGGACCUAAUAGGUUAACUGGUACUAUACCCAACUCCCUUCUCAAUGCUUCCACACUUGCCUUUCUCCAAGUUACUUCUAACUAUUUAACGGGACAUAUUCCUGUUACAAUCGGGAGGUCCCUGCCAUUUCUCACCAGACUAUUCAUCAAUGACAACCAAUUCACUGGAGGACUAGACUUCAUCACAUCGCUUUCCAGUUGUAAGGAUCUAGUGUUUCUUGAUGUUUCGCAAAAUGAAUUUGAUGGUGUUCUUCCAAAUUCUGUCGGGAAUCUUUCCGUUGAUCUUUAUUAUUUUUCUGCAAGUCAAAACAACAUAGGAGGAGAAAUUCCUACAACUUUAGGCAAUUUGAGCAGCCUUCUCUUAAUAGAUCUUAGUAUUAACAAGCUAGUCGGGACAAUACCACUUGAUAUUGCCAAGCUAGGGAAGCUUCAGGUUUUGCACCUAGGUAGUAACAAAAUCAGUGGAAUGAUACCAUCAAAGGUUAGUUCAAUGAAAGACUUAGGCACACUGUACCUUCAAAAUAACAAUCUCAUUGGACCAAUACCGGGGUCUAUAAGUAACAUCAGCCAGCUGCAGCGGUUGUCACUUUCUUCCAACCAAUUAUCAUCAACCAUUCCCAUGAGCUUGUGGAACCUAAGAAAUAUUAUCGAACUGAACCUUUCAAAUAAUGCCCUUUAUGGACAACUCUCUCCCCAAUUGGGGAGCUUGAAGGCUCUUGAUGUUUUGGAUCUAUCAGUGAAUAAGUUGUCAGGUGAAAUAUCCAAUGCUCUUGGUCAGCUUGUUAUGAUUACACACAUUGAUCUUUCUAGCAACUCGUUCCAAGGUGAAAUUCCACAAUCUCUCGGUUCCCUGGUAAAUGUCAAAUAUCUCAAUCUGUCUCACAAUUUUCUAUCGGGCUCCAUAUCCAAGUCGAUAGGAAAUCUUCCACAGAUCGGUAAUCUAGACCUUUCAUUCAACAAUUUAGAAGGACAAAUUCCAGAAGGCCGAGCUUUCUCGAAUAGCAGCAUCCCCUCUUUGGAGGGAAAUGUAGAACUUUGUGGUGCACCUCAGCUAGACUUCCCACCUUGCGUGACAACUAAUGUAUAUCCAAAUUCAAGGAGAAAGCUGGACCUUCUCAGAUAUGUCCUCCCAAUUGUUGCUUUCAUCAUGGUUGUCCUUGCUACUCUCGUGCUCGUGUUCUAUCGUAAGAGAAAUGUGACAAACACAAAUCACAGUGACUUCCCAGGUUUAAAUGAUCAUAGGCUGAUUUCAUACCAUGAGCUUGUUCGUGCAACUGACAAUUUCAACAAAGUCAAUCUAAUAGGAAAGGGAAGUUUUGGCUCAGUUUAUAGAGGCUGCCUUGAUGAUGGGCUGAUUGUAGCAGUGAAAGUCUUGAACUUGGAAGUUGAAGGAGCUUCAAACUCUUUCGAAUCAGAAUAUCAAGCUUUGUGCGUGGUUCGACAUAGGAAUCUAAUCAAAAUCAUCAGCAUAUGUUCCAGUCCGGACUUUAAGGCGCUAGUCCUCCAAUUUAUGCCCAAAGGGAACCUUGAUCAAUUGUUGUAUUCUGAUACUCGUCAUCUCAGUCUUCUUCAAAUAUUAAACAUAAUGGUGGAUGUAUCGUUGGCACUUGAGUAUCUCCAUCACCACCAUCCUCAUACUGUGCUCCAUUGUGAUUUGAAGCCAAGCAAUGUUUUGUUGGAUGAAGAAAUGACAGCACAUGUUAGUGACUUUGGCAUUGCAAAGUUGCUACUUGGCAGUAUGUCCGUAGUAUCAGCCAGCACACCAGGCACCAUAGGUUAUAUUGCUCCAGAAUAUGGCUCUACGGGAACUGUCUCAAAAAUGGGUGAUGUCUAUAGCUUUGGAAUCCUUUUGUUGGAAAUGAUCACUAGAAAAAAGCCUACUGACACAAUAUUUGGCGGAGAAUCAAGUUUUAGGGAGUGGAUAUGCAAAGCAUACCCGUCUUCUUUGGUGGAUAUUGUGGAUGACAGUCUUCUAGAAGAUGGUUUUAAUGUUGAGCAAGGUGUGCAGGAUUUAUCUUCCAUAUACCAGUGCCUGUCAUCUGUUACUGAGUUGGGUUUGAUUUGUUCAAGCUCAUUACCUACGAAAAGAAUACCAAUGACACUUGUGGUUCCCAGGCUGCAGCAGAUAAGAAAGGAGUACAUGUCACAGCUCUCUUUUCUUCAGACAUCGACCACCUUAGCUUGUGAAGCUUAGUUUACUCUUUGGUUGAGAGUAUGUUACUUUUUCCUGUUAUAAUAUAAGGUUGACUUAAAUCAUCUUCCUUUGUGAAUGCUUGUAUAUGAUGAUACCUUGGAGGGUCUUUGUGAGCUAUUUCUUCUGCAU